GUCUGUGGAAGGAAUACAAGUGAUUUCUUGCUUGUUAAUGGAUCUGUAUUGCUACCGGGCAACAACAGACCACUAAAAGCGCAAAGUAGAGCUAAAAAUGCACGAAUGUUGUGCUAAGGACUAACCGGUUUUCAGACGGUGAAUAUAUUUUUAUACAUUCUUUUUAUUCCUUUAAAAUAAUUAAUACAGGAGAUAAACCUACAAGAGCUUUUAUUCGGUUCGAUGAUUUAUUACACAAGUAUUCAUCUUUUUCAAACCCUUUGCCGUGCUUUUCAAUCGAUAAAUAAUGCUUCAUUUCACGGUCGACAAUAGUUAUCCCAGUUAGUAACAUAGGCCCUAAGUAGGCUUAUUUUCACUUCGAAAAAAGCAAAUGAAGUAGGCCUAUAAGUUUUUCAUUUCAGCUUUGCAUUUGAGUCGUCAGGCAGGUGGGGAAACUGGGGCAGGUUCAACGUUAUCCUUCCAGGACGGAUCCAAACAUUUUCUGACGGGAGGGGGGGAGAGGAGCACGAUAGGGAGUCGACGAGCAGCUCACCCCCACCAUGGUUGGGGCUGAGCUUAAAGAUUUCGAUCCAACUCGGCCACAAGUCAACUCGGCCGCCCGUCAACUCGGUCACAAGUCAACUCGACCACAAGUUAACUUGGCCACAAUAAACUACGCCAGGUCUACUAUAAUGGCGACGGAGAGUGAGUAUCACUUCGAUGAUUCAGCAACAAGUCAAGAGGUGGACCACGGUGAUGUAUUCAUUCCGCGAAGGACUAGACUAGAUUUCGAAUCGUUUCGAAGACAAAUAGAUUGCUUGUCUAAUUCACUUACGUCACUAUCAGAAGAGCGAGAUAAGCUUCUUGAAGAUCGCCACUCAGAUCGCUCAAAAAUCAUUAGGUUAAGUGCGGAGCUUUUAAUAAAGGAAUCGCAAAUUCAAAAUAUAAAUCAAUUAGAGGGGCGUAUAGAUGAACUUAAGAAUCAACAUAUAGAAGAUGAGACAGAAAAAACAAAUCUGAAAAAAGAUCUGACUGAUAAAGUAGUUAUCAUACAAAGUCUGCAACUGAAAGCCGCAGAAGAAAAGAAAUGUUUGGUAGAGAAAAAUAAAGAAUUACGUAGACAAAUCUUAGAAUGUGAAAGUAACAAUACUAAACUUAAGCAAGAGGUAACACAGAAAAUACAAUUGCUGGCUAAUUGGGAAAAUAAAUUUGAAUUAUUGGAAGAAGAAAAUAAAGGCCUUGCAAGUGAAUGUCGUAGGCUGAACAGCAGGUCAUAUUCUGCACUGGAGCUAAAGAGUGCUUCUCGUGCAGACGGAGGUUUAAUCCUAAAGAUGUCAAAGAAAAUGAAUGUAAAUACCAUCCACUCCCACCGAUGGGAUACAAACAGUGGCAACUAUAGCCGGUAGCGGAUAAAGUGGAUAAACAGCAUUACCAUACCUACCACUACUAUGCGUGUUGCAAUACAUUGUCAAGAAAACGGCCCGUUGGGUGCGUUACUGGCCCACAUCAUACAAAUUGGAAUAUCAACCUUUGCGCUGUUUUCCAGGAAAAUGAGAGAUUCAUGGAUAACGAUGAUCAAGGUCCGAAAAUAAUUAAUAAUUAAAUGCAAAUAUCAAUGUUAAAUAUAUCAAAAUGAUACUUGUGAAUGAAUAUUCCUACAUAAUAUUGAAAUUAAUUAAUUUUGUUGGUAUAUAAGCCUAGUGAAUAAUAAAUACCGGUUUAUAAAGUACGGAAUAAAAUAACCAUACUAAUUUGAGUAAGGACAAAAUGUUUGUUACGGUUUACCGCCAAGACGCAUGCACGAGCAUGGAAGAAAGAUAUUGUAGCACCAUCCUUUUAGACAUCUUUUUUGAGUUCUGGGGCGGAUGCAGGGAGGUGGGAGGGCAUCCUAAAUUGUAUUAAGAAAAAUAAUUGUUGUAUUAUAUUUUUGAUAUGAAUUAUUGGUAAGAUUUGUAAGGUACAUGGAAGUGCAAUUUCCGGGCACCCAGAGGUCCAUAUUCUCAAAAUUUUCGCACCUAAGAAGCAAAACAACUAUGUUAGGGUGUCAUUUCCGGCCAUCUUGAGGUAUUAUUUCCUCACCUCAGCCCCAACCAUGGUGGGGCUGAGGUGAAUGUGACCGCACGGCUUGAGGUAGGUCGGGUAUAUUAAAUACAUAAAAGAAAGUGUUUUAGUUUUAUUUUCUAUGGUACAUCACUAGUAUUAAUUAGAUCUCUGAUGUUGCAGAAAAUGCCGGAUUAAAGAUCAUGAGAAAUUUGCUGGUGCUUCAUCUCAAAUGUUCUCAUCUCGGCCCCAACCACGGUGGGGCCGAGGUAGCUGUGGAUUCACGGCUUUGAAGUAGGUAAAGUUAAUAAAUCAAAGAGAAUGUUUUUAAGUUUUAUGUGUACAUUACACAUACUAAUUAUAUCUCUGUGGUUGCCGAAAAUCGCUGAUACUUUUGACUAUAUAACGAUGAUGUGAUGAUGAAUUUUACUAUAUAAAAGUGUCAUUUCCGGCCAUACAUGUACCGGUACCAUUUCCUUAAAUUUUUGCAUGCACCCCGUACCGCCAAAACAUCCACCCCAUGAGUUCCUAUUUAUGCCAAUUAAACUAUUGUAAAAUAAAAUUGUUUAAGCUAACACGGAUCUACAAAAUAUUGCACAAGGACUUAUCAUGCUACAAAAUCAACACAUGUGAGAAUUCAUUAUUCAAAUUUCGUUAGUACAGCAGGCCCGUAGGCAGGAUUUUCGGUGGGGAGGCGCGUUUUGAUGAGGGUGGGUGGGGGAAAGGAUGCAGGACCCCCGCCGGGCGAAGCCCCGGAAACUCCAACAAAUUAGCAUUUUGAGGGCCUUAUAAAUGGUUCUAUUCUAUUUAACAUUUUAUUCAAUUGGUAUUGUACAUAAUGGAUCCAUCUGUAAUCACUGGAGCUGGUAAUUUCUAACAAAUUUCGUACACCAGUUAGGCCUAUUAACGAGAGCAUCAAUGAUGCAAUAGCCCACUUGACAAUAGCUGGCAAUGUUUAAGUGCUGUCGGUGGGUGGAGGUUGUUUGGAGUGUUGUUAUGUGUAUUGAGCAUAAAGAAAAACAUUUAAAGUUU